AGUACAUGCGCGCGACUCUCGCUCUUCCUCACAUGGAGCACUUCACGCUCCCAUACUACUACCACUUCGCCCUAUUCCUCUUCCUUGCUAUCCUCCUCCAUGGCGUCCUACGCGCCACCGCCAAGCAGCCCCGCCCGAGGCUGCCUCCCGGCCCGUGGCAGCUUCCGGUCAUCGGCAGCCUGCACCACCUGCUGCGCGGGCUCCCACACCGCACCAUGCGCGACCUCUCCCUCCGCCACGGCCCGCUCAUGCUGCUCCGGGUGUGCGAGCGCGUGGCCAUCGUCGUCUCCUCCGCCGAGGCCGCGAGGGCGAUCUACAAGGGCAACGAGGCCGCCUUCUCGGAGCGGCUAAGCAGCCCGAGCAUCGACGAGCUCUCCAGGCAUGGCCAGGGGAUCGUCUUCGCGCCCUACGGCGACCACUGGCGCCUGCUCCGCCGGAUCCUCAUGACAGAGCUGCUCAGCGCGCGGCGCGUUGAGGCGUUCCGGCAGAUCCGCGCGGAGGAGGCGGCUCGCCUAGUCUCGUCGCUUCACGCGACGUCCGAUGGCCGGCUCGUGAACAUGGACGAGCGGCUCGACGAGUUCAUGACAGACUCGGCCGUGCGCGGCAUCUUCGGGGACAGGCUGCCCGAUAGAGCCGCGUUCCUGAAGAUCGUCAAGCAAGGAGUGGGCCUGUCAUCGCUCUUCGACCUCCGGGACCUCUUCCCAUCGUCGCGGCUAGUUCGGCUUCUGCCGCGCAGCAGUAGGGCGGAGCGGCAGCGUCAAGAAAUGUUCAGGCUCAUGGACAACAUCCUUAAGACCCACGAGGAGAGGAGGAUGGGUAGAGAUGGAGACGACGAACAGGACAUGGUCGAUGUGUUGUUGAGGAUCCAGAAAGAAGGCAACAUGCGAGUUUCCCAAACCGACGGAGUCAUAAGGGCACUGCUCAUAGUAAGCUCUAUCGAUCUUAAAACCAAAGUUUCAAAUAACGGGCUAUGAUAAAGGGAAAUUUUACGGUGCAUUAUAAUACACCAGAGCACAUGUAUUAUAUGGUCGAUCUAACGAAUGAGAAUAAUUGAGCCUUUUUAAGCUCAAGGGUAUUUUCGACCUAAUUUUUUUAACCUUUAAUCGGCC